GACAUUCACUACGACCGACCCGAAGGUGUUUUACGACAGAGUUUUACGACAGCGUAGUGCGCAGGACCAGUGACGAUGGACGACACCGUCAGCACGACAGCCUCCACGGACGAGGACGAAGACAUGCUGACUCCCAGUAUGACUUUGACCGUGAUUCUGACUGUGACGUCAUCGAUUGGAGCCCUGUCCAACUUGGUCAUCUGCCUGGUGAUCAUCUGUGCGCAUGCGCGCAACGUGCCCUCUGAUUGGUUCAUGGGUAACCUGUCGUUCGUUGACCUGACCUUCGCCGGGGUCACCGUCCCCAUCAGGCUGGCGAGGUACCUGCUGCGGGGGACGGGAGUUUUCGGGGGACUUUUCGGGUGUAAGUUGUGCAUGGUCCUGCCCAAACUGUGUCUGACCAACUCAGUCUUCACCAUGCUGGCGAUGGCGUACGAACGGUACCGCUCCACGGCCAAGUUCAACAAGCCCAAACUCACAGGCUGCCAGACGGGCUCCAUGUUGGUGUUAGUGUGGUUCGUGUCCUGCAUGUUGUGUCUGUACGACGUCGUCAGCGGCAAGAGUUACCUACUUGACAUGGGAAACUCCACCGAACCCGCGCCGGUCUACAUCACGGACUGUUGGUUUCCGGAAUUAGGUGACGACAAGGAUGCAUACUCGUACGUGUUCGCUGCCCUUGGUGUCGCGACCCCGCUGAUCUCUAUAGCAGUGUUCUAUGCGCUGCUGGUGGGCGCUAUCCGCACGCGGGGGUUCCAGUCGCCCAACAACCCGCCCGCCAGCCCUCAGCAGCAACCGUCUGCAGAGGCUUCCACAGCGGCGUCACCUGUAGCCAGAGUGCGGACCAUCAGGGUGAGCCGGUCCGUGUCGGGCGGGAUCCUGCAGGAGAUCAGACAGACUAACAUGGUGGCGGCGCUGGUGGUGGUGUUCGUCUUGUGUUGGGUGCCGCUCUUCGUCCUGCCCGUCAUGCAGGCGUGGACGGAGGACAGCGCCUCGAGCGACUCCUUUAUCCUGCAGCUGCACAUGGUGCUGGUGACGGCGCGAACCAUCCUGGACCCCGCCAUCUACACCUGCUCGUCCCGGGCCAUGCUGUGCUGCAGGAAGCGGGGCAGGGUGGGAGAGGCGCCCGAGGACAUCCACCUCGGCGCCCGGGACACCGUCUCCGACUGUUAGCGAACAAAAAAAAACAUAGAAAAGGAGCUAAAAACAUACAAAAAAGAGCAAAAAACAUAGAAAGGGGAGAAAAAAACAUAGAAAAGGGAGCAAAAAAUACAUCUCUUGCCUGGAUGCCAGCCUUUUACUUUAAGCUUUAGUAUCCACAUGGUCUCUGUUAGCGGACAAACAACAUAUAGAAAAAGGAGCAGGGAACAUAGAAAAAGGAGCAGAAAAAAGUCUCUAGCUUUGAUGCCAGCCACGUGUUAAUAUUCAGUAUUCACACGUCUCCGACUGUUAGCGAACAAACAACACUGCUUUGGAGCAGAAAAAUGUCUCUUGUCU